ACUAACUACCCCAUAAGGUGGACUAAGAGCUUUUCAUGUAUGUGUAUAUAUAUAUAUAUAUAUAUACAUACACACACACAUACACUGGAGGCCUCUUAUUGUGAUCCUUUUAGGAUGAAGCCCAUUCAAUAAAAACUGUUGACUGAUAACAAUAGCCAUUUGGUAAUAUGUAUGAUUAUAAGUGGCUUCCAUUGGAGAUAUAUAUAUAAACACAGAUAUUUGUUUUGUGUAACGGAAGUAUACAACAAGUCUAACACUGAUAUGACUCAAGAAGAUUAAGGGAGCAUUGCUGAUAAAUGUGGUUUUCCUAUAGUAAUUGAAAGCAGCAAACAGGAAAACUUCAGAUUUUAGCAGAACCUACUAAGAAAAGCAAUGUACAAUUUUUCAACACUUACACCAGCUGAUCAAAUCUUUAUUUAGAACUGAAUGAACUUAGCACUAAGUAUCAUGGCCACAGAAACUACACAAACAGAUAUUUUUUUAAAAGUGCUUAUUACAUAUGGAGGAUAAAGAAAAGGUGUUUUUUCUCCGAUGUUAUAGAGGUUAACUUCCGGUUAUGUAUACCACUAUGUUAUGUGUUGAACCAAAAUAUUAGCAACUGGGAAUUGUGAAAACUGCUAAUAAAAUGUCUGAAGAUUUAAGUAUAGACGGUGUUGACCCCAGUGUGGGCUUUUUAUAUAAAACAAUGCUUCAACGGGACCCUCGGAAACGGCGCGUAAAACCUGUUCAAAAGCACCUUAUACAGAUAGAUUUUGGAGGAUUAGAUGAUAGUGAAGACGAUAGUGACUUUGAAGUUGAAAAACAUGUGAAAGGAUCUGACUCUGGAAGUGACAUAUCUAUUAAGGAAGAAGAUGAUGCAAGUGAUUCUGAUAGGAGUGUUCCAGGUUCUGAACUCAAGUACCCUGAUGCAGCCCAUGAGCCAAGCGACGACGAUGAUGAUGAUGAUGAGGAUGAUGAGGAGGAAGAUGAAACGACAACACUCAGUUCAUUGAUGGGGCCUUUGUUAGGUGACAAAGACAAAUCAACUGAUGUUAAUGUCUUUACGGAAAAGUCUUUCGACAAAUGUCCAGAGACUCAGCUGGUAAAUCCUCUCCAAGGAAAUGUCAUUACUUCAGCUACACCAAUUCCAACCAAAGCUGGUCAAAUCAAGAUUCUCAUCUGUUGUGUAUGUUUAGGUGAUAUUAGUGAAGAAGAUGAUGAAAUUGUUGAAUGUGAUAAUUGUGGUGUAUCUGUUCAUGAGGGUUGUUAUGGAAUUAGUGAUAACCAGUCUGCUGCAAGCACAGAAUCAUCUGCAAGUACAGAACCUUGGUUUUGUGAUGCUUGUAAAGCUGGUGUUAAACCUAGUUGCGAAUUAUGUCCAAACUAUGGUGGAAUUUUUAAAGAAACAGAUGCAGGCAAAUGGGUUCAUUUGGUGUGUGCAUUAUAUACCCCAGGUGUAGCAUUUGGAGAUGUUGACCGACUGAGUGCUGUCACAUUAUUUGAAAUGCCAUAUGCAAGAUGGGGAGCCAAAGACUGUUCAUUAUGUGAAGAUAACCGCUUUAGUCGAACUGGAGUGUGUAUUAGCUGUGAUGCAGGAAUGUGCCGGGCUUACUUCCAUGUUACUUGUGCUCAACGAGAAGGUUUAUUAGCUGAAGCUCCUCCUGAAGAAGUAAUGGAUAUUGCUGAUCCAUUUUUUGCAUACUGCAAAAUGCAUGCUGACAAAACAACAGCUCGAGCAAAGAGACGCAAUUGGCUAGCCAUUCAGUCACAUGUGAAAAUGCAUUCAGAAAAAGAGAUAGAAGAUGAAAAAGAAAAAGCUAGAUUUCAAAGGAAACUGAACAGGCGUCGUCAGAAGUAUCUUCUUGCAAAAGCACGAAGUACACCAUCAUGGGUGCCAACUCAAAAAUUAAUUAGACAUUUAUCAUCAAGUCCAUCUGUCGUAAAGAAAAUGUUGCGAAAAGCUGAGCUGAUGGGAAUAAUAACGCAGGUCCAAAGUGUAUCUCAAGAUAAACAAGAAUCUCGGAAAAAGUGGCACUUGUCACCAGCCAUGUCCUUAGAAUAUAUAAGCUAUUAUCUUGAUAGAAAUGCUCGUAUAGAUACUAUGAGAAUUAACAUGAAGGAAUUGUCAACUCAGAACUGUAAACUUCAAGAACAACAAAAAAUAUUAAGAGUCCAAUAUGAUCAGUUAGUGAAUGAAAUGAAUCGAUUGAAAGAUUCUACUCACAAGCUGCAACAAAACGGAGAAGAAACCUGGAGUAUUUUAACUGAUCUUUCAGGACAGGAAAUUAACACUCCAGAGAUGUUCCGUGUACGCAAAUCUCCUCGCUCUCCAACAAAACGGGACCCUCAGCCUAAAUCUCCUUCAGCACCUGCCAUUCAACAAUAUAACUUGUUAAUUGGCAGUUGUGGAAUCUGUAAGAAAUCAACAAACCAACAUCUGUUGGCCAAAUGUGAUUCAUGUAGCAAACACUACCAUCUUGGCUGUCUUGAUCCACCGCUCUCACGUAUGCCCAAGAAAACCAAGCUACAAGGCUGGCAAUGUUCAGAAUGUGCCAGCUCAAGUAGUGAUGUUUCAGAAGAAACUGGAGUUGACGUUGAUGCUCCUCGUAAACUACGUGAAAAGAUCAAGGAACCAAUUAAGUUUGAGCAGUUACAAUUAGAUAUAAAAUCAUUCACAGAAAAAAAUCUAAAAAAAACUACAAUAGCAGCUGAUACACAAGGAAAAGCGUCUACGGAAUCGAUCAAAUUCUAAACAGAAAAAAGGAAAGAAACGGAAGUCUAUGAAACUAGAAAAGGUUGGCAAACGAGAAGAGAAUGAAGAUUCUGAAGAAGUCAUGGAACUUUGAUUCAUUUCCCUAAUUUGUUGUAACUAACUACAAUGGUUACAUUGUAAUUAUCAUAUCAACAUGCAGCUUACAAACACUAGUGACUGGAUAAUUUUUCUUCAAUUAAAAAAAAAAAAAAGAAUUUA